CCCAGUCCCUCCCAGUAUAAACCAGUUUCCCCAGGUCAGCACCAUGCCCGAGUACCUGGGCCGGCGCUUCGGGGGCGGGAGGAUCCGGCUCUACCUGGCGCUGCUCUCGCUGGGGCUCUACGUCAGCACCAAGAUCUCGGUGGACAUGUACUCGGGCGCUCUGUUCAUCCGCGAGGCGCUGGGCUGGGACCUGUACGCGUCGGUGGGGGCGCUGCUGGGGGUCACCGCGCUCUACACCGUCACUGGCGGGCUGACUGCACUGAUGUUCGCUGACCUGGUGCAGACUCUGAUCAUCAUCGCGGGAGCCUCCGUGCUGGCCGGCUACGCCCUGGGAGCCGUGGGUGGCUACCAGGGCCUGCAGGAGCGAUACCCACUGGCCACGCCCCCCAACGCCUCGGGGCCCUGCGGGCGCCCCCGGCCCGACGCGUUCCACCUGCUGCGCGCCCCCGACACCGGGGACCUGCCCUGGCCCGGGCUGGUGCUGGGACUGGGAAUCAUCUCGGCCUGGUACUGGUGCACCGACCAGGUGAUCGUGCAGCGCUGCCUGGCCGGCCGCUCCCUCACCCACGUCCGCGCCGGCUGCGUCGUCUGCGGCUACCUCAAGGUGCUGCCCAUGUUCCUGAUGGUGCUGCCCGGCAUGGCCGCCCGCGUCCUCUUCCCGGACGUCGUGGGCUGCGCUGACCCCCAGGGUUGCUCCCGGGCCUGCGGCUCCACCCUGGGCUGCUCCAACGUGGCCUAUCCCAGACUGGUGCUGGGCCUGCUGCCCCACGGGCUGCGGGGGCUGAUGCUGGCCGUGGUGCUGGCCGCGCUGAUGUCGUCGCUCGCCUCCAUCUUCGCCAGCUCGGGGGCGCUGUUCACGCUCGACGUUUACCGGAAACUGCGGCCGAGGGCGGGGCCGCGGGAGCUGCUGCUGGCGGGAAGGCUGUGGGUCCUGGCCAUGGUGGGGCUCAGCCUGGCCUGGCUGCCGGUGGUCGAGGCCGCCCGGGGGGGGCAGCUCUUCGAUUACAUGCAGGCCCUGGCCUCGUACCUGGCCCCGCCCGUGGCCGCCGUCUUCUUCCUGGCCGUGUUCGUGCCGCGCGUCAACGAGCCUGGCGCGUUCUGGGGUUUGCUGGCCGGGCUGGGGCUGGGCCUGGCUCGGUUGGUUCCCGAGUUCCUGCUGGGCUCCGGUUCCUGCGGCCGCCCCGGGCGCUGCCCCGCGCUGCUGUGCGGGCUGCACUACCUGCACUUCGCCGUGCUGCUCUUCCUGCUCACCUGCGGCACCGUGCUGGCCGUGUCCUGCUGCCACCCGCCCAUCCCCACGGUGCACCUGCACAGGUUGGUGUUCAGCCUCCGGAACAGCCGCGAGCCCCGAAUCGACCUGGACGCGCCCAAGGAGCCCCCCCAAAAUUUGGGGGUCCCCAUGGGGGACGUGGAAGCGGCGCCGGGGGCGGAGCCUGGAGCGGGGGGCGUGGCCUCGGCAGAGGGCGGGACUUCCGGUGUGGGCGUGGCCGAGGCCCCGCCCCCCGAGGACCCCAAGUGGAGCCGAUUGGUCGAUAUCAACGCCCUGGUGCUGAUGGGCGUGGCCUCGUUCCUCUGGGGUUAUUUUGCCUGAAAUCGCCGAAAAUAAACCCAAAAUUGUCCCGAAUCCAC